CGUCGCUCUCACGUGAUCAAGAGCUGACGUGUGCAGAAGUCCUUCUUGUCCUGGUCGUUGUUCCCGUCUGAGUACCAGCUCCCUAUUACCCUGAGGGCGGGCGGGCCUGCAGCGGAGAAAAGAAGGAGGCGGAAAAGAAAUUGUCCCAGAUCCCUGCAGUCUUUCCAUAGGUUGCUGUACAACGCCAGGCAAGAGAAGAGGAAGGAAAUUAUCCAGAUCGGUGAAGGUCGAGUUGAGGGUCUGCUGUAGCAGGUGGCACUGCUUGAACCAAGGGAGGAACUUUCCCCUGGAUCAGCAGAGAACAGAAAGAUUGUUGGGCGUGGCAUAACUCACAGGAAAGGAAGAAGGGGCAAGCUGCUGAUUUAAGGAGGUUUACCUCUGAAACCAAUUACUGUGGCCUUGAAGUGACUUGAAGAAGAUCACUCUCCGCAGGACUACACUCAGACCGGAAGCCCUCUUCCCUUAUCUUGAGUGACUACUCUAUUUCUUGGUCCCUGCUGUUGCCAGGGACGAUUGCAUGGGCUACGCCAGGAAAGUAGGCUGGGUGACUGCAGGCCUGGUGAUUGGGGCUGGAGCCUGCUAUUGCAUUUACAGAUUGACCCGAGGAAGAAAGCAGAACAAGGAGAAAAUGGCUGAGGGUGGCUCUGGUGAUGUGGAUGAUGCUGGGGACUGUUCUGGGGCCAGGUAUAAUGACUGGUCUGAUGAUGAUGAUCACAGUAACGAGAGCAAGAGUAUAGUUUGGUACCCACCGUGGGCCCGGAUUGGCACUGAAGCAGGGACCAGAGCUAGAGCCAGGGCAAGAGCCAGGGCCACCAGGGCUCGAAGAGCUGUCCAGAAAAGGGCUUCUCCUAAUUCAGACGAUACUGUUUUGUCGCCUCAAGAGUUACAAAAAGUACUUUGUUUGGUUGAGAUGUCUGAAAAGCCUUAUAUUCUUGAAGCAGCUUUAAUUGCUCUGGGUAAUAAUGCUGCUUAUGCAUUUAAUAGAGAUAUUAUUCGAGAUUUGGGUGGUCUCCCAAUUGUUGCAAAGAUUCUCAAUACACGAGAUCCCAUUGUUAAAGAAAAGGCUUUAAUUGUCCUAAAUAACUUGAGCGUGAAUGCUGAAAAUCAACGCAGGCUUAAGAUAUACAUGAAUCAAGUGUGUGAUGACACAGUCACCUCCCGAUUGAAUUCCUCUGUGCAGCUGGCUGGACUCAGAUUGCUUACAAACAUGACUGUUACUAAUGAGUAUCAGCACAUCCUUGCUAAUUCCAUUUCAGACUUUUUUCGUUUAUUUUCAGCAGGGAAUGAAGAAACCAAACUUCAGGUUCUGAAACUCCUUUUGAAUCUGGCUGAAAAUCCAGCCAUGACUAGAGACCUGCUCAGGGCUCAGGUGCCGUCCUCGAUGGGCUCCCUCUUUAAUAAGAAGGAGUACAAAGAGGUUAUUCUUAAACUUCUAAUCAUUUUUGAGAACAUCAAUGACAAUUUCAAAUGGGAAGAAAAUGAGCCUGCUCAGAAUCACUUUAGUGAGGGUUCCCUUUUCUUCUUUUUAAAAGAAUUUCAAGUGUGUGCUGAUAAAGUUCUGGGAAUCGAAAGCCACCAUGAUUUCCAGGUGCGAGUUAAGGUUGGAAAGUUUGUGGCCAAACUGACUGAACGAAUGUUCCCAAAGAGUCAGGAGUAACUUGGUGACUUUGUAGUGUGGCAGCAACACACCUUGUAAACUAUUCUUUUUCUCCACGUUGUUUAUAUGGCAAAGGAACCCUUUCAGCUGCCAAUUUUGAAUGAUGAAUAUCAUACUGUAUCAUCAAUGCUGAUAUUUAACCAAGUUUGUCUUCAGGUUUAAGUUUAAUGAAUGUAUAUCAUUACUUGUCCUGAAACAUGUUGCAUUUUAUCUUGCUGCCCACAUCGAAACAUUUUUACUGUUCCUUCCCCAUAAGUGACAACGAACCAAUUCAUCUUAAGUAGGCUCCUUUCUGUCAUUUGCAUUGAUUUUAUUUGUGCAUCUUCAAUAAAAUUUUGUGUUAAUGCUGGAAAGAAACAACAGAAGAAGAAAGAAGCUAUCCUGUCUUUUGGUUUAUAAUCUAGUUGUAGAGAGACAAGAAACAUACAAAUAAUAAAAAAAAAACACCCAAAACACUCUCCCCACCAAACUCAAGAUUAUUUAGAACAUACAUUCUCACAGAUGUGUGCCUUCAGAACAAAGAGGAGGCAAAGACUUUGGUUGCUGCCUAAAUGAGUCGGGUUAAAGCUUCAGGGAGGACAGAGCCACUGAAAGGGAGCCCUGAAUGAGUACAGAAGUUAAUUGCAUUCCGUGAGACCAGAGUCAAGGGGAAAUGAUGUGAGAAAGGCAUUAAGUUAGGGAACUUUAUGGUAGUCAAAACAGCAGCCUUAGAGUGUGGGGAAUAGCAUUAAAUAAAUCUAGAAAACCAUGUGAAGCCCAUUGCAGAAGGCCUCUUGAAUGUAUUUUUAACUAGGAAAGAACUGGGGGUCAAUAUAAAUGUCCUCCUCACGCAAUGUGUCAUCAAAGAGACUGUAGCAAAAUGGAUCCUUUCCAACUCUGGUGGUGGGCAUUUGGCAAUACAUAUCAUUAAGCCUUAAACUAUGUAAACCUUGUGUCCUAAGGGGAUAACUGAGUAAUUGGCCAAAGAGCCUUAUGUGCAAGGCCGAUCUUGUCAGCACUCUCUUAAAGUAGUACAUAGGGAACAACUUCAGUGUCUGACACACUGAGUUGACUAAAUAAAGAAUGUCCAUGCUGUGUGAGAAAUAUGCUGAUGGAACUCAGUAUUGCUAGAAAAAGAUAUCACACAUUGUUAAGUGAGCAAGGUAAGUUAGAUAGCAGUAUUCAGAAUAUGAUAACAUAUUGGGGAAGUUAAAUCAUGUUUAAAAAGACACUAAAAUCUAUGGAAUUAUAUAUACCUAGUAAGUACUAAGAGUUAUAUUUGGAUUAAAGAUAAUGAGUGAUACUUACUUUUUGUACUUAUUAUUCAUCUAUGUUUUCUUGUUUAUCAAAGUUAAUGUUAAUUCUUUUAGGAAAGUUUUGGAAAAAGGAAAGUCAUGGAGGGCAGCAGGUGAUUCAUUUGAAUGUGUACUGAGUGGAAAACAUUUAGGCCCAAAAUGAGGUGGUUUGAAGUUUCCUCCUAAGAAUGAUAGAGGAUGAUGCUGAUAAGGCUGAUUAUGAGGUUUAAAUGAGAGAAUUUCUGCAAAGUAUCUACAUUAUUCUGGCAUAUUGCAGCAGUUGCUUAAGAAAUGUGAGUACCUUUAAGUACCCAAAAUGUAGUUUUGAUGGGUUUUGGUUGACUUUUGUUUUGCUGGGGCAUUCUCCUAUGUUUCAGUGUCAUUUAAUAAAUAAUAAUAAUAAUAAAGGUUAACAUUUAUUAAGUGA